AUGCUGCUCGCUCUCAUCCGUCUAGUGCGCACGCGAUGGGCGUCGGUGGUUCUGUUUCUGUCCAAGCUGUGGGGAAGGCUGCUUCACUUCGGCGCCACAUGGAUCGCACCCACCGAGCCAGACGUUCUGGCGAUCAGCGACCCAAAAACCAAUGCACCGCCGGCUGUCACCCCAGGACUCGAUAGCCAGGGUUUUCCAGUCCUCACUGAGGACCAGUACGAGGAUGCCAUCCUUGGAUUUAUUGCGUCUAUUGAUACGGACUCGGUCUGUGCCCUUGCCUCACAAUACAACGACGGCAAACCCUGUCAACUGUUGAAGAAGAGUUGCGGUAGCUUCAACGUUUGUUUCUUCGUCGAAUUUGGCCAAGGUGGAUCGCAGUUUGUUGUCAGGAUCCCCAUCGAGCCCGCUUUUGACGAUGCCUGGGACAAAUUGAUCAGUGAGGUCACCACAAUACAAUAUCUCAAGCAAAACACCCGGAUUCCUGUCCCUCACAUUCGUGGUUAUGGGCGCGAUGCCAAGUUGACCAAGUCCGGCGCGGGGAUGCAGAUGUUCCUCGUCACGGAUCUCAUCCUAGGCGAGCCACUCGACAAGAAGCUCUUGAUCGACGGCGAAGAGGAGCACCGCAAAAACUUCUACUCCCAACUAAUCGACAUUCAAGCAGAGCUUAGAAAGCUCGAGUUCCCGUCAAUUGGAUCCCUGAUGCCAAAUCCUGACGGCAGCACCCAGCCUGUUUUGGGCCCUGUCAUCUCCAUGUCGGUUGCCCAACUUCGACAGCCGCCUCUGCCACUGUUCACUUCCGCCAAAGAUUAUAUGAAGCGCCAAUUCAAUCUAGUAUCGGACUUUUUCGUGCCGCCAGUGUCCGAUCACACCGUUCACGAGAUUCAGAAGGAGCUGUGUGCUCUGCAUGGGAUGGAAGGCCCUUUCCGACAGGUCAUCGAUCCCCGGCUAGACAAAGGCCCUUUCGUUCUACAUCACUUAGACCUAAGGGCGCCCAACAUCAUCGUGGAUAAAGAUCUGAAUAUCCAUGGCGUUAUAGACUGGGAAUUCUCCGGCACGACCCCGCGACAACUGUUCACCCCUCCAUCGUGGAUUACGGGCCAUGACUCGAUCAAGACGAACAAGCAGAUGCAUGCCGAAUUUCGCAACGUUCUGGACGAAAAGAGCAAAGUCAGCACAGCAUGCGCCCACCUCAAAGAGGAAUGGUAUAGCCAAACUGAUGUCGGCCAGCUGGGCAUGAGCGGGGCGGACUUGGCCUUCUAUGUUGCCCAUGUCAUACGCCGUCCCACCGACGUCACUGACGUGUUCUGGGAUUCCUUUGCUCCAAAGCUCUCGAACAAGCCCUUUGAUGAGGUGAUAUCGGAAUUUUACAACGAGCAUGAUGCCCUUGCAUUGGAGGUGCAACGCAGGGCCAGACACUCUGAGCGCUACACUCAGUACUUGAAGGACCACAAUCUUUUCGGGUCCAGGUUGGACAGGCUGCUUGCCGAGUCAAAGGCGUUGAAGGAAAAAUGGAAUUGGAGCUAG